AGUAUAUUGACUUCCACCCGCAGACAAGGAAGGGUUAUGUUUGGAUCUUGUGUGUAAACAUAACUCGCCGCUUCAAAACGGCGAAAAGGAUAGUAUUUCUGUCCUUUCAUUCUGACCGGUGCACUCUAAGGAUUUAAAUAAACCAUGUCUAUUGAAAUUGAGUCUGCCGAUGUCGUUCGGCUGAUACAGCAGUUUCUUAAGGAAUCAAAUCUCCUCAAAACCCUGCAAACGUUACAGGAUGAGACAGGGGUCUCUCUUAAUACGGUGGACAGCAUUGAUGGUUUUGUCGCUGAUAUCAACAAUGGACACUGGGACACAGUCCUUAAGGCUAUCCAGUCAUUGAAACUGCCUGAUAAGAAACUCAUUGAUCUUUAUGAACAGGUUGUGUUAGAACUUAUUGAACUCCGAGAGCUGGGCGCUGCAAGAUCUUUACUUCGUCAGACUGAUCCUAUGAUUGUAAUGAAGCAGCAGGAACCAGAAAGAUAUAUUCACCUAGAAAACCUGCUGGCAAGGUCUUAUUUUGAUCCAAGAGAAGCUUAUCCUGAUGGCAGUACUAAAGAAAAGCGACGUGCAGCUAUUGCCCAAGCUUUGUCGGGAGAAGUCUCUGUGGUGCCUUCCUCACGUUUGUUGGCUCUGCUUGGGCAAGCACUUAAAUGGCAACAACACCAAGGUCUCCUACCUCCCGGAACAACUAUUGAUCUGUUCCGUGGUAAAGCUGCCAUCAAAGAACAAGAGGAUGAGAAGUAUCCAACUCAACUCUCUAAGCAAAUUAAGUUUGGACAAAAGUCCCAUGUGGAAUGCGCUCGUUUUUCUCCCGAUGGCCAAUACCUUGUUACUGGGUCUGUUGAUGGGUUCAUUGAGGUGUGGAACUUUACCACUGGUAAAGUUAGAAAGGAUCUUAAGUAUCAGGCUCAGGACAACUUCAUGAUGAUGGAAGAGGCUGUCCUCUGCAUGUCUUUCUCAAGAGAUUCUGAGAUGCUAGCUUCUGGCUCUCAGGAUGGCAAAAUCAAAGUGUGGCGAAUCCAGACAGGACAGUGCCUUCGGCGCUUUGAGAAGGCUCACUCUAAAGGCAUCACAUGCUUGCAGUUUUCUAGAGACAACAGCCAAGUUUUGUCAGCCUCUUUUGAUACUCAUAUUAGAAUACAUGGUUUAAAGUCAGGGAAGCCUCUCAAAGAAUUCAGAGGUCAUACGUCAUUUGUGAACGAAGCUGUCUUCACUCCUGAUGGACACAGUAUUCUCAGUGCAUCAUCCGAUGGAACUGUCAAAGUAUGGAACCUAAAAACAACAGAAUGUACCAACACAUUUGUAUCACUGGGUGCAUCAGAUAUUGCUGUGAACAGCAUUCAUAUAAUGCCAAAGAACCCGGAACAUUUUGUUAUCUGUAACAGGACAAACACUGUUGUGAUUAUGAAUAUGCAAGGCCAGAUUGUGAGAUCAUUUUCAAGUGGUAAACGAGAACGAGGUGACUUUGUUUGCGCUGUUUUAUCUCCACGUGGUGAUUGGAUUUAUUGUGUUGGUGAGGAUCUAGUUUUGUACUGCUUUUCAGUGCAGUCAGGAAAACUAGAAAGAACCCUUAAUGUCCAUGAAAAGGAUGUAAUUGGAGUUGCUCACCACCCUCAUCAGAACCUGUUAUGCACUUACAGUGAAGAAGGUCUUUUAAGAUUAUGGAAGCCUUAAGAGUUGGCUUUAGUAUACUGAUGCUGAAAUUAUAACGCAUGAAUUUAAAUAGAGUUAACUUUUGUGCUAGAUUGUAAAUAUACUUGCAUUGCCUCCUUUUAUAAUGUGAAUCACUGAUAAGAUUUUUUUUUCUCAAACAGUAUCAAACAAAUGUAUAAUACCAAUACGUGUCACCCUGAAUGCAAAAUUUGACUUUAUGACUAUCGAUAUUAAAUAAUUACAGUAUAUGGCA